AUAUAGGGUACUGUGUUGAGUGUGUGGGCAGGGGGACCACUCCCACUAGUCCCUCCCUCUGCACAGUAGUUGUACUGAUGACUGGUGCGGAAUCUCACUUGGUUCUGUCAGAGCCUGCAGGGCACAUGAGGAUUCCAUGAUUUUGAAGGAGAUGUCAGGAGCCAUGUUUGUGUGGGCCCUGUGGAGUGCUAUGCUGCUCCUGUGCUCUGCAGUUGAGGACAAGGACAGUGUACGAGCUGGCUGCAGCACUGCUCAGAAUGACCUGGUCUAUAUUGUGGAUGGCUCCUGGAGCGUUGGCCCAGAUGACUUUGAAAUAGCGAAACAGUGGCUCGUCAACAUCACCAGUAAUUUUGACAUCAGCCCUCAGUACACACAGGUGGCCGUCGUGCAGUACAGUGACACACCACGACUGGAGUUCUCUCUGGGGAGACACCAGGGGGCAGCAGAACUCAUCCAAGCCAUUAGUAGCGUAGAUUACAUGGGAGGAAACACUCAGACAGGUAGAGCCAUCAAGUUUGCAGUGGACCAUGUUUUCGGCUCAUCCCACAGAGGCAGCACAGUGAAGAACCGCAUCACUGUGGUCGUGACAGAUGGAAAGUCCCAGGAUGAUGUGGUGGAUGCCAGUGAGGAAGCUCGUGCACAAGGCAUCACCGUGUUUGCAGUGGGGGUAGGAUCUGAAAUCACCACAUCAGAACUGGUCACUAUUGCCAACAAGCCAUCGAGCACCUACGUCCUGUACGCCCAAGACUACACCAACAUCGAGCGCAUCAGGGAGGCCAUGCAGCAGCGCCUCUGUGAAGAGUCUGUGUGUCCUACUCGUAUUCCUGUACCAUCUCGUGAUGAGAAAGGCUUUGAGCUGCUGCUGGGCAUGAACAUUCCACUGAAAGCCAAAAGCAUCCCGGGAUCUCUGUCCACCGUGUCUGCUUAUUCCCUGAGUGCAGGUGCUGACAUCACAGAGCACACAAGGGAAAUCUUUCCUGAGGGCCUGCCUCCGUCCUAUGUGUUUGUGGCCACCAUGCGCCUGAAGAGUGGCUUCAAGUUGACCUUUGACCUGUGGAGGGUGCUGUCCAAGAGCAAGGAGGUCCAAGUAGCUGUGACGCUGAGCGGCCAGAACAAGACAGUCACCUUUACCACCACAAGUGUCACAGACAGGGAGCAGAGGGUCCAGUUAACAGGUUUCCAGGCCCUGUUUGAUGGAAAGUGGCACCAGCUGAAAAUACUGGUCAGGCCCAGGCAGGUCAGUGCUUUCCUGGAUGACCGCCUCAUUCAGGAGGCCCAGCUGCAGCCAGUGGAGCCCAUCUUCAUCAACGGACACACGCAGGUCGCCAAGAAGAGCCGCACGGACGUCACUGUCCCAGUGGACCUCCAGAAGCUGCGUCUGUACUGUGACCCUGAGCACAGUGAGAGGGAGACGGCCUGUGAGAUCUAUUCUGUGGAUGAUGAGAGGUGUCCUCUGAACCGAACGGCCCCAGAAGAGCCUGAUGAUUGUAACUGUGUGCUGGGCCCCCCUGGGCCACGCGGGCCCCCAGGACGUAUGGGUUUUCGAGGGGAGAAGGGUCGGGAGGGGCCCCCAGGCCCUGAUGGGAAACCUGGCAAAGACGGAAAAGUAGGAGCACCUGGGCCUCCUGGAGCACCUGGGAACAAGGGUGAACCUGGACCCCCAGGACUACAAGGAGAGACUGGUCCAAAGGUCCCAAAGUAUGGAGACCCCGGGGAACCAGGUGUGCCUGGAGAACCCGGACCCAGUGGACCAAAGGGGGUUCCUGGUGAAAGGGGUGAAGUAGGACCACCUGGAGAACAUGGACCAAUGGGAGACCCUGGACCUGUGGGGAAACGAGGAGAAGUGGGGUCCCCAGGACAAAAGGGGCUGAAAGGUGACCCUGGACCUAUAGGUCCGGCUGGACUUCAGGGGGAUCCGGGUGAGCCUGGAGCUGUGGGUGCAGCAGGUCCUUUAGGUCCUCAGGGAGACAAAGGCCACUCUGGACCUCCAGGGCCAGCUGGUGUUAAAGGCACAAUGGGAACACAGGGUCCCCCAGGACCACCCGGACAAGCUGGACCUGAAGGAGCCAAGGGAAAACCUGGAGAUCCAGGUGCAGUUGGAGCUUUGGGUCUACCUGGAGAAAAGGGUUGUUCAGGAGAGCCAGGUACCCCAGGUGUACCCGGUAGAAUGGGGCUCCCAGGUAUCAAAGGUCAUAAGGGAAAUGUUGGGGAAACAGGCUGCAAAGGUGUACAGGGAGAGAGAGGCCAUGAUGGAGAUCCUGGAGAGCCUGGCUUGCCUGGUGAUGUGGGACCCAUUGGAAGGAAAGGAGAGAGAGGAUUCCCUGGGUAUAUGGGCCCUGCAGGAGCUGUGGGAGCCAAAGGAGACACAGGCCACUCAGGGGUGGCAGGUCCCAGAGGUUUUCCAGGCCAAGAUGGACCCCCAGGUCAGCCUGGACAGCCUGGACAACCCGGAUACCCCGGCAAACCGGGAAAAGCCCCAUCAGACGACCUUCUUCUGAAGCUCUGCACCCAGGCUCUGCGCAGUCAGUUGCCUGUACUACUGCAGUCUGUCAGUGUUCCAACUAGAUGUGCUCCUUGUAUGAGUGUGAAGGGACCCCCUGGUGAUCGUGGAGCACCAGGACCUAAAGGCUCUAUAGGACCUCCAGGCUACCCUGGCACAAAUGGAGUUACAGGUUAUCCUGGUCCUCCAGGCAGGCAGGGAGAUCAAGGCCUUAAAGGCGAUGCUGGACCUAAAGGGCAGAAGGGCAGUAAAGGAGAAGGUCAUCAAGGGCCCCCCGGAGAACCUGGACAGCCAGGAUCACGAGGUUUGCGAGGCUUUGAUGGAACCGGCCAUCCAGGAGUCCCAGGUGCUCCAGGGAAGCCAGGUCCCCCGGGUUAUCCUGGCAAACGAGGGGGCCCUGGUCUGCCAGGGGUGUGUGAUGUCUCCAUGUGCUAUCAGAACUACAACCUCAGGGACCACUACAGCAAGGGCCCCAGUGAGUGAAGCCAGGGGUGACUUCAGACUGAAUACUUGCUCUACCCUGUGCAGUCUGUCCUGGAGUCUCACACCAGGCAUUUAUACCAUUACAGUGAGGCACCAUCCAGUGCCCUGAAGGACCACCAGGCCUAUACCUACUUCUAAAACUUCCAUCUUCUGAGAGCCACACAUGGAAACACUAAACCGAUUACAUUCACUUAUAUUUAUUUUAUACUUUCUGAGAUUGCUGUAACUAGAGUUUUGAUAUGUUCAGUGUAUCCCUCUCACAUGAGAGGCAGAUAGAGCAAGAACCUCCUCUGAACAUGAGGACUGUACUUGGUCUGUACCCGCUGAACAGGGUUUUAUGUAGCUGUGGGUGAACAGUGAGGAGUGGCCCACAGAUCAGAGAGAGGCAGCGAUUGUAUUGGAGUCAUAUGUAUCAUGUACAACCCGCAAAGAGCAUCUGUUACUGUAGUGACCACACGUGUGAUUGGACAUUACUUUACUACAGCACAUGUCCAUGUGAGUGACUUCUGGAGAUGAAGAUAAUGUAUGGACAAAUGUAUGUCAGAGCCCCUGCUCCACUAAGAACUCAAACUAUAGAAUAUCUCCUGCCAACAUUCAGCCAGUAUAAAUGUUGAUCAUGUACAGCCAUGCCCAUUGGAGGUGUAUCACUUAGUGCUGUGGUGGAGCCAUUUUCCUUUUACAGUUUAACUGCAUCUGAAGAUUGAAUAUCUGUAUUUUGCAUCACUGUUGUUUAUGGAGCUGUCCACAGAGAAAAAAUAAAGGUUUCUCCACUCCUGCUAAUAGGAGUUGCAGUGAUAAGCUAUUAACUGCAUAUAGUACCACUUCCUCAAAUGUAUUGAUGAUCACGUAGUAUCUUUUCCACCCAUGGCCUACAUGCACCACACACAUGUGGUAUAUACAUUCAUUGUUUUGUAGCCGCAUGCAGCCAAACCUGCUUGUCAAAGCCUCAUCUUGUCAGAUCUCAGAAGCUAAGCAGGGCUGGGUCUGGUUAGUACUUGAAUGGGAGACUACUGGGAAAAUCAGGUGCCACAGUGCGGUGCCAGUGGCAAAUAACUCGUUGUCGUUGUGUCCUUAGGCAAGACACUCCACUCACAUUUCCUAGUGUGAAAGUGGUGUCAGUGUGAGUGUUGGUGGUUGGAAGGACCGAUGGUGCAGAUUGGCAGCCUUGCUUCUGUCAGUCUGUCCCAGGGCAAUUGUGGCUACAAUAAUAGUGUAAUGGAAAUGUAUAUUGUGGAAAAAAUUCUCUCAAUCUGUCUUUGUGUAAUUGAAUGUGAUUUCUAGGACCACCCCUGCAUAUGACAGUGAUGACUACUGUUUUGUCUUUAACCAAACUGUAAUCCACAGACUAAAAACUUUCAGUAUGAAGUAACCUAAGGCCUACUGAUUUUUUUUUCUUUCUGAUUUACUUGUUCUUGUAUUUUGACAUGAGAACUAGAAGCAUCACCACACUUUGCUUUACAUAUUAUCAGGCAUUGGGAAACUUGAAUUUAUUCUCCACAGUAAACACAGAAUCACUACAGCUAACUACCAAACAGUCACUUGUCACAGUCACUCAUAUAUAUGGUUACUGACUACUGACUAGAAAAGGCAAAAGGGUGAGAUUCCCCAUGUAGAUGAGUGUAAAGGCAGGCUAAGACUUUCUCAUGAAACAGAGUCAAUUCAAAGCAGAAGUACAUCUCUUUCAGGUUUAAGAAUGGCGAUAUUAUGUUUUAUAAAUGUAAAAUGUAUAAAGAAAAAUGUAAAUUUAUGUCUGUUCUGAACUGUGGCAACAGGACAUUUUUCUGAUUUAGAUGCAGAAAAUUGAGUGUGAGUGUAAAGUACAGUCAACUGUAUGUUUGUGUGGCCCUGGGACCUGUCAAAAUGUAUGCUGUAAAUUGUGCACUGUCAGAAAACUGUCAGCAAGAAAAUUAUCACAAAAAACUUGACUGUCUUGACCGUCCAUGACGACUGUGCACCUGCGAAUUUCUUUAAUACUUUUUUUGUUACAGGAGACAUGGAUGCUGCAUAAUUUUCUCACCUUUUCUUCAACAUUAUGAAAUAAUCCCACACUAACAACACUAACAACUAACCACUAACAAUUUUAACAAUUUUUAACUAAUUUCUUUCAGAAGUGCAAUUUAACCAAAGCAUUCUCUUACAGUAGAAGACAACAAAGCCAACACAGAUGCCUGCUCAGAACAAAACUGACACAUACAAAUGUGUCAAAGGGGGAAUAUUAAAAACAUUUGUUUUAAAUCAUUUAGAGACUGUUUUGCAUUAACUACAAGACCGGUAAACUGACAACUCACUUCAAGACAAAAACACAAUGAAUGGUCCACCUGGGCCAAACCGAAAGCACCUUCCUGUGUAGAAGGACACAUGCUUGUGCAGAAGCAGACCUGCAUCAUUCUUCUUUUUCCAUCCUUCUGUUUCAAACUGUCAUUGGAGAAAAACAUCAUGAAAGUUCAGCCAUUCACUUCUUUUCAAAAGUCAACCUGUUCCUCGCGUGCCCAACCACAGCUCUGAAGAUGGGCACAUGGGUCAAAGGACUACUCCAGAAAUGAGCUGAAUCUCAGAGAGGCUAAGUUGCAUGGGGAGACUACAGCCAUGUGUGGUCAGAGGGAGGACAAACAGACAGAGGACAGGCUGAACGGUGCCACCAUCAAAUUAAAGCGACAUUCAACUUGUGAGUACAAAUCAUAUUGGAUAUGGACGAACUGAACUCAACAAUCCUCCUUGAACUGUUGAAUUUGCCUUCAACUUUUGAACUCAACAAACUAAUGGAACUCAUUUCAACUCCAUGAACUGUGUUUAGAUCCACAACGUUUCUCUGCAUGUUCUGUUUGUGACAAUGACUGUUUAUAAAGUAUGAUUAAUGAAUAAUCAAAAGGGAGGGUGAUGGAAAUGUAUAUUGUGUAAAUGAAUGUUAUUUCUACUUGAGACCAGAUCAGUUCUUAACAUGUGUCAAGGCUUAGCAGACACAACUGUUUCCACCCUCAGGAAGCCCUUUGUUAUACUCCCUAUCCUCAAGUGUAAGUUAAGUGUAGUUGAUUAGCACAGCAGGUCUGUGCAACUGAAGUCACUCUGCUUUGAUAUGCAUGUAGCUUUGUGUUUCUAUAUAAAUACUGACUUGGAGGGACAAUGGGGUAGGAGACUUGGGAGAGGUCACUGAGAGACGAGACUGGAGAGGCUGUGGUUCUCUGACCAGGGCAGGCCUAGGUCCUGUCCAUAUCUGCUAUAACAAAGAAUAAUAAACCUUUUUCUUUGUUCCAAAAACUCACAGGGCUUCGCAAAUGAAUUAAUUGGUUAUUCUUCAAGAAAGAUAUAUAA